CUCCUUUCGGCAUAUUUGUUGAAGGUAAACCAGCAGUACCGGAAUACCGCAGUUGUUCGCUUUCUAGUUGUGGUAGAUAAAAAGUUCACAUAAUGAAGGUUCAAACCUUUGUUCUCCUCUGGGCAUGUUUCCUCUGUGUAUCAUUUGCAGAUUUCGACAGCGAGAAUAGCGCAAAGCCAUGUGAAUUGGCUCAUAAAGGUGAAAAUAUUGAGUUUCCGAAGGAUUUUUCGUUCGGCGUGGCAACCUCGGCUUACCAAAUCGAAGGUGCAUGGAAUGAGGAUGGCAAAUCUCCUUCCGUCUUUGACACUUUCACUCACGAACACCCCGAACAAAUUAGUGAUCAUUCUACAGGAGAUGAUGCCGCAGAAUCUUACCAUCGUUUCGAUCAAGAUUUGGCAGCCUUAAAGGAGCUUAAGGUGAACUUCUAUAGGUUUUCCAUUUCAUGGACCAGGGUGCUGCCCAACGGAGAUACCUCAGUGAAGAAUCAAAAAGGAAUCGAUUACUAUAACAUGGUAAUCGAUAAGCUACUGCAACAUAAUAUCAAACCUAUGGUGACAAUGUUCCAUUACGAUCUGCCGGAAUCGAUUAAUAAGUUCGGCGGCUUCGCAAAUAGCUCAAUUAUGGAUUAUUUCGAGGCAUACGCUUCUUUCUUGUAUGAAACUUUUGGUGAUCGUGUCAAAUUAUGGAUCACAUUUAACGAGCCCUAUGUAAUUUGUGGAUGUGGGUAUGCAACUGCUAUAUUUCCUCCACUGGUGCACAAUCCUGGUGUUGGGGACUAUAUUUGUAUGGAUAAUUUAUUGCGAUCACAUGCACGGGCUUAUCGUUCCUAUAAAGAGAAAUAUUACAAUUCUCAAAAGGGCAAAGUAGGUAUUACUAUUAAUACUCAAUUUUUCUAUAGAAAAGACGGUCAAUCCUCUGAUGAGCUCGUGGACCGUGCAAUGCAGUAUGAGCUUGGUUGGUUGGCUGAUCCAAUUUAUAGUACAGGAAACUAUCCCGCUGGCAUGAUACAAGACAUCGCGGAGAAUAGUAAGAUUGAGGGGUUAGCCGAGUCACGUCUGCCUGUCAUAAACAGUACCUGGUCCGAAAUUAUCAAAGGAUCUGGUGAUUUUCUAGCAGUUAAUUAUUACACUUCCAAUUAUGUUGAAAUAGCUACACCCCCCGGAGGUGAGGUACCAUCUAGACAAUACGAUUCAAAAAUAAAGGUUUCAGUAGAUGAUAAAUGGAGGCAAGCCAAAUCGCAAUGGCUAUAUUGCGUACCGCAAGGACUUGAAGAUCUAUUAAAAUGGAUUCGUGACAACUACAACAAUAUUGAAGUGUUUGUAACGGAGAACGGCUGGAGCGACGAUGGACAAUUAGACGACCCUCAACGUAUCGACUAUCUUAGGGCUCAUUUGCAAGCCGUUCUCAACGCAAUAAAUGAUGGAUGUAAUGUAACACACUAUACUCACUGGAGUGCAAUAGAUAAUUUCGAAUGGGUUACGGGAUACACUCAGAAGUUUGGUCUCUAUUAUGUAAAUAUGACAAGUGCCAACAAAGAGCGUAUUCCCAAGAAAUCAGUCUCAGUUUACAAGAGUGUGAUAGAAAGCCAUAUAAUUCCGGAGGCGAGCGGAGCACUUUCUCUUCGUCCCUGCGGCUUAAGCUAUAUAGUAGUUAGUCUAGUCAGUGUAUAUAUCACAAUAACAGUAUUGUUUAAUUAAGCAUUUCAAAAUACUCGUAUACAUAUCAUUGUAUUUAUCCAUAUACUUAUAUAAACUAGUAGAUCCGGCCACGCGCUUCUGUGGAUAAUUUAUAUUUUGU